UUUACAAUGUCUGGACGCGGUAAAGGAGGCAAAGGACUAGGAAAAGGCGGAGCAAAAAGGCACCGUAAAGUGCUCCGCGAUAACAUCCAAGGCAUUACUAAGCCGGCUAUUCGGCGCUUGGCACGUAGGGGAGGUGUCAAGCGAAUCUCCGGACUUAUCUACGAGGAGACUCGCGGAGUGCUCAAGGUCUUCCUGGAGAAUGUCAUCCGAGACGCCGUCACCUACACUGAGCAUGCCAAGAGGAAGACCGUAACCGCUAUGGAUGUGGUGUAUGCUCUGAAACGCCAGGGCCGCACUCUCUACGGCUUCGGGGGUUAAAUAUUUUUUUCCCCAUUCACACAACCAACCCAAAGGCUCUUUUAAGAGCCACCCACAUAUUCAUAUAUGGAGCUGUGAUCGUUGUCUAUUUUAUUUUAUUUUUUAUGAUUUAGAUUUUAUUUUUCCAAUAUUGUAAGUUACUACAGAUCUUUCAUGAACUACUUAUUUAACUUUAUAAAUUUCUGCAGAGAAACGAAGGAAAAAUGCAGAUAACCUAAUCUAAGAGGCAAUGUGACUGCCCUACAUACUUCUAUAGUAUAAUCAGGUGAUAAAACACUAGUUUGCCCACAGCCCCAUGUUACACAUACACAAAAGCUCCAUUAAUCUAUCAGCUUUAGGGAACACUGUGUAACGUAUCUUAACAAUUGCAUUAAACUAUAUUUUCUAGAUAAUGACCUUUAUAUAAUGGUAUCACGGAUUAUGAUUUUCAAAAUGUAGGCAUAACGUGCAUAUUAAUAGAUACAGUAACAUAAUUCAAUAAAGGAUUUGACUUUAUUU